UUUUUAUUUCAGCACUUGAGGGGAAAAAUAAGAAAGAAAAGAAAAGAAAGAACAUCCACGCCCCAUUUGCACAAAGUGAAAGUGCAGCUGUGUCAUCAUGUGUUUAUUCACUGACAUAUUAAGCGUGAGUAACUUCGUCUUUCAUCAGCUGCAAUCCCAAGAUUCCCGACUGAACAGAAUCAGAAUGGCCUUUCGUGUUGAUUAUGUCUACAAACCCAAUGAUAUCGAUAAAACUGACAAUGACCUGAGCAUUUCAAGGGCUAAAUUAUCAUGCGGUCACGUCACGUCUGCCAAGACUUUAGUGGAAUGCUGCACAGCUCAGCUGAAGAAUGGACAAGUGGAACUGAAAUGUCCAAUAUGCACAAAAGUGUGGCCAUAUGGUGAAGUGAAAACAUUACUUACACAUCAGCAACAACUUUAUUUUAAAGACACACUUCGGGAAAAUGCUGCAAAGAAGAUGAUUGAAAUCAAAGGGUGUCCUGGUUGUGGUUCAUUCAUUGAAAGAAAACACUCCUCUAACCUCUGCGUUCAGUGUCCAUUCUGCCCAGUAAAGAUGGGGAAAACGUCUGAGUUCUGCUGGCAGUGUGGGAGAAACUGGAAAGGGCCUCGACCUCGCACUGAUAAAUGUGAUAACCUGGGUUGUUCCAACAGUGACUUGAAUAUGCUAAGAGACUGUAAAAUGAUUAGUCUGCCACUUUCUGGAGACAAAAACAUUCAGUGUCCAUCAAUUCGUGCCUGUCCGGAUUGUGGCAUGUUGAUUGAACACACUGGAGGGUGUAAAAAUAUGGUAUGCUGUAAUUGUAAAAGGCGAUUCUGCUUUAUCUGUUUAAAAUCUUCUAAUGGCUGUUGUACAUCUGGUGUUGCACCAAGACAAACAUCAAUUCCUUAAAAUCUCAAAUCUCAAUUAUUGACCAAAUGUUAUGUCUUUUUGAUUACAAUUAUUUGUAAUGGAUUAGUGGAAGUGGAAGUGAUGAAUAAUAUAAACAGAGUUUCAGGGCUUACAGUUUUUCAAUUUUUUUCUCUCUCUCAAAACAAAGUUUAGAUCUCUGAACAAUUAGUUUCUCGUUUACAUCAGAUUUGAAUUUCUGAAUGAUGCAGAUUUUUUUUUCUUUUUUCACUAGGACACAUUUGUCAAUACAUGGGUCACAUUUUCAAAACUCUUCACACAGUGAUCCCAACAGAAAUAUAUGUGGGCUAAACUGUAGAUCAUUUAUCAUCCCUUUGGCACAAAAUACAUUCAAUUUACAUUAAUUGUUUUCUCACUUAGACACAAACACCAACAAAACUCUAUAUAUACCAUACAGGCCAAUUUGCACGUUUUCGUUCUCUUUUCAAAACUGUUAAACUUAAGAUCAGAACUUAACAAUACAACUUUGAAUGAGACAGAAUUUUGCUACAUUUCUACGGUAAUACCAUAUUGAAAUGUAUUCUAUUUCAUAAAAUUAAAUACUAUCAAAACAUAGAUGUAUCUGAACACCUACACAGGUCUUUCAGUUUCAAUACCAUCUAUUCAAAAGGGGAAACUUAGGAAUGAUAAUUUUGUACAGUAAUGUAAACAUGGACCAUGUAACAUAAACUGCAUUGAAUUAUAAACAGUAGUAGAGUUUCAUGUAAAGAAACUUUACAAAAGAAGUCAUUAAUGCUCCCAUAAUUAGCGUUUAUAAGCUCAUUGUUUUAUGUCUGCUAAACUGGCAAAUGACCUGCCAUUGUAAUUCAGUGUGAUUCACAAUCUUACCAAUCAACCAUGCUUGUAGAACAGAAAUAAGAAGAUGUGUAAGAAUGUGUGGUGUUAGAGAAAACAUGACACACAUUGUUGGUUUUUUGUUUUUCUUGCAUGGAUGUCAUUUUGUGGCAAUUUUCUGUUCACUAUAGAGAUAUGUAAGACUGUAAAAAUGGACAUGUAAAUGUGAAUUUUGUGUCUAUAUGUAACACACUGCUACAAAAAUAAAUGUACUGUAUAAAUACAAA